UUUCUCUUAAAUUUACUUUUGUUUCCAUAUUGGGAAUGCAUAAAAAAAUUAUAAAUUUAUUGGUUCCAUUGGUUAGCUGAAGCAAAUGGCGAAAAUGCUUAGGAGUCUGGGGGCGGAAUUAAAAUGUCAUUUGACAAAGAAACUCCAACCAGUCUGUUGGCCUAAAGCCAUGUUUCACAGCUCGAGUCUGAUGGCCAAGAAGCAGGAUGCUGGUGAUCCGUUGGACUGUCCAGAGACCAAGACAACAGAAUGCAAAACUUUGAAUCCACGCAAAUGCAGUCCUACCGAUCCACCCGUAAGGUCUUGCAGUGAGCAGGAUUGUCCGGAGGAGCCACGUCAGCCCUGCUGUGUGAAUACGCGGCUAUCGAAGGAUGCGUGCCAAAAAACAUCCAAGGAAGACAAGUCCAAGGCGGAGAAGUACAAGUGGGAAUCCAUGUGGGAAUCUCCGAAGAACAAAAGUGAUUCAAAGGCUUUAAUGUGGGACUAUCCGCACGAGUGCUGUCCCAAGUGCGAUGACGUCCGCUUCGAUGUUCUGUACUAUCGGCCCUCGAGCAAGUACCGCCAGUUCCAGAGGACAUGGUGGGAGUGCUGUCCGCGGAUGGUGCCCAAACGGGUGUGCUCCUACUGUGAUGCCAUUCCACCAGAGGUGACAAGACGCUGCCUGCCACUUUGUCCACGCAGUGCCUGCAAUCAGGGGCAUGAAAAGCAGCGUGUCGACUGCCUCAACGCAAAGGCAAAGGACUGCAUGCGUGUGACCAUGCCCUGCUGUCGAGCGGCACGCGUACCGCCCCGCUGCCACCGUGUUCACCGACCCACAAACUGCGUGAAACCCAAGUGUCCCUACCCCAGCUACUCUGAAUGCCUGCAAAUGGAUCCGGCUGUUAUUCCCGAUCGUCCACCCGAAUGUCGCUGCCUCAACAUCUUGACCAAAUGCGACUCCGUCCGAGUCAGAGCAAAGAUGACCACCGAUCAAUUGCGAUUAUGUCCAUGCCCCAAAUGCUAACAAAUCCUUAUAAACUGUAGGGCGUAUACUGCAGACCGUUGCAGCAUACACAAAACAGUUUAAAACGAUUUGUUCUUUGCCAUUCCAACCCAUUUGUUGACACCAAUGUCUUCAGCAAGGAACCAAUAAAUAGUUCAGCAAAAU